AUUAGAAAAUCAAUUUAGGUGGAAAAAAAAUAAUGGAAGGACAUUUAUUAAAAUAAAUGAAUAAAAAACUAAACAUGUAAAAAAAAUGUAGAAAAAGAACAUUUUCUCAACAAUAAAGAAUAACCUGUUUUAUUGUUUUAUAGAAUUUGACAGUGAGAGUACAGUUAUCAUAAUCUUUCAAUAUUGUUUAUACUUCAUAACACAAUGUACAUGCUUUUACUUUGAAGGAUGAAAUCCCUCUCCCGGAAAUGACUCGCCUGUCUCCCUGACGAACACGGAAGCCCCGCCCUCGUACACAGGAAACGCUCUGGAUACAUGACGUCAAGCCGUGAUUGACAGAGGGGUUGGUAAUAAACUAUCAGAACUAUGAACCCCGGACCCUGAACCCUGGACCCUGGGCCCUCUCAGACUCAUGUGGACUGGAUGGGAGGCCUGUUCCUCCUGAGUCAAUCGAGGAACUUCCAAAAAUGGGCAACAGGAUGUGAAACCUGAUUGAAGGACACAAAGAAACCUCAUCAUGGAGCGGGGAAGACCUGUUCACCUCCAGAGAGAGGCAUUGUGAAGGCACCCCCUGUCUAGGGUGGAACUGCGCCUUAAAGCACUCUAUUGUCAGCAAUGUUUUCGGCGGCCAGGACGUGAUCCACACAGGAAGUGGAUCUCACAUGGCAGUCGGGAAGCGGACCUUCACCAAGGCAGAGCGGGAGAAGCUGGCUGAGGUCCUCUGGCUGCUCAAUUGGGUCUCCGUCCUGAUGGGGGCCAUCCUUUUCGGACUCGGCCUGUUCUUAAAAGUGGAGAUUCAGAAGUGGCAGGAAGUGAUGUCGGGGCCGGGGAUCCUCUAUGUGCCGAACAUGCUGAUCAGCACCGGACUGGCGGCUUGCUGCAUCAACUUCCUGGGGGGAAAGAUUUGCCUGGACUGCGCCGACAGCAACAGGUUCCUGCGCUGGAAGCUGGUCCUGAUGCCCUACGUGGUCUGCACAUUCUGUUUCACCACCUGCGUCCUGGGCGGGGCGCUCAUGUGCUACGGCAUACGCAGCCAUCUGGAGGACUCGCUGUUGCUGGGCCUGCAGAACGCCAUGCGAUUUUACAAGGACACGGACACGCCGGGCCGCUGCUACUUGAAGAAGACCGUGGACAUGCUUCAGAUCCAGUUUCAGUGCUGUGGGAAUGCUGGGUACCGGGACUGGUUCCAGGUCCAGUGGAUCAGCAACCGCUACCUAGACAUGACCAGCAGCAGUGUGGUGGACCGCCUCAGGAGUAACAUUGGGGGGCAGUUCCUGCAGGACAGCGUCCCGUUCAGCUGCUGCAGUCCUGCAUCUCCGCGGCCCUGCAUCCAGACACAGCUCCGGGACGCUUCCAAACACUUCAACUACGGGCAGCGCAGCCAGCAGCUGAACCAGUGGGGGGUGGGCUGCCGGCUGGCGCUUAUGGACCACUACACCGGCAUCCUGCAGACCAUUGGCUUCACCGUAAUGCUGAUCUGGCUGUUUGAGCUGCUGGUCCUGACGGGGGUCAGGUACCUGCAGACGGCGAUGGAGGACGUUCUGCGUCUCGGGGAUCCGGACUUGGACUCGUCUGGCUGGAUCCUGGAGAGUAGCUUCACUGUCAGCGUCAUCAAGAACCUGGGGAAGUGUUACAAUGGAGACCAGGACCCCAACAUCAACACUCCCCCAACCGCCACCCAAAAUGAAGUGCCCUCCCAGCACCAGAUCCCUGCUAGCACCUGACGCACCUCAGGUUUAAGGCCUACGUUGACCCUGACACACAGCCAGUUUAAACACUCCAGAGAUGCUGUGUGGAUCCUGACAAACAGCGGGUUUAAACACUCCUGAGAUGCUGCAUUGAACCUGAAUGCACCACAGGUUUAAAGGCUGCGCUGACCCUGAAUGCAAUGCAGCCUUCAGACACGGAAACGAUGAUUUAAGAAGACUCAGGUUGUUGUUAGCAUGUUAGCUCCCACAGGGAUAUGAGAUAUAAGGAGAUGGUUGACCUCAUGUAUGAGGGUUAGCAAACAACAUCUGUAGCAUUAGCACAAUGACUGCAGCGUUACGGAAA